AUGGAAGGGUUCAAUCUUGAGGGGCUAGAUUUCGAGGCUCUGGAUGGCGCAGGCCAGGCAGCUGCUCCUGCAAGCGCUCCAGAGCGAGCCGCGUGGAGUUCAGCGAGGAGCGGGACGAGCCCCGACGCGGCCUCAUUGGCUGAGUCCAUCUUUUCCCCGGCGACGCUCACGGUGCGUAGCCCGGCAGCCCUGCCUGGCAACGAGACGGCGUUCGAGUCUCGCGCGCCAGCGGCGAACUCAUGCCCGCUCGCCUCUUGCCAAAGGCGUGUCUUUGACGGCGCUGCGUCGUCCUCUCUGCAGACCGAGCGGCAGACGCACGCAGCUCUCUCCGUGUCUCAGGACGGCGCCAACGCAGCGGCCGCGCUUGCUGACGCUCACUCCGCGCACGCCGCCAGCGCCGCAGGGGGGAAGCCGCGGCGGCAGUGGUCCGCGUUCACGCGCGCCGCGAGCCACGCGCCCGCAGCGAGGAAGGACAGCGAAAGUGCAGGCGCCAGGGACGGCGCUCGAGGUGUACGUGCACUCGGCAGUGCCCCCCCCCCUGCGGGGAGGCAGUGGGCAGACGGGCGCGCGGGCGUGGCUCCACCGGCUCCACAGAGCCGGCUGGGCAGUUCGCCGGCGCAGUGUCAUUCGAGUCAGGGAGUCCACGCGCGGGAUGCGUCGGCUAGCUUCGCGGCGAGCCUAGCCACAAAAGUAGAAGAGAGCGGCGGAGUCGCUCGGCGUCUCGGUCCGCAUGUCUCUGCUGCCGAGGCGCCAUCAUCUUCUCGGGUUCGCUCUUGGUGCAGCCUAGGAAGGGGCUCAACGUCGAUGUUUUCGGCCGACACGCGCGCGGCUGGGCGCAACAGACAAAGUCAGCAUUCGAGUCAAGCUCAGCAGCAUGCAAGUUUUGUGAGUGCGCAGACAAAUACAGAAAGUGGCCCUGGACGCGUCCCUGCCGUGGGCGCGAUCUGCAAGGACGGUGACGACUUGGGGUGUCUAGACAUCUCCCCCGAGGCGUCCGCGCGAUCCUGGGGAAGUCCUUUCAGCGCCGUGUUGCGGAGUGAAACGAAGGCCCAGCUGAGCUUUUCUUCGCACCCAGAUACUGCGCGUUUUUCAGUUGGUAGGAAGAUAUCCGGAGAGGAGAAUUUUUUGGGUCUUGCAGCGCGUGACUCGCGACCCGCUCCCUGGGGUCCGUCUGGGUUGAGCGACCGGCGCGGCCGCGAGCCUCUGCUUCAGGAUGCGCAGGCGUUUGGUCGCUCUCCAGUCCCCAGACUCUUCGCAGGUUCCUCCACUCCGCAGCGUGACGCGGCUGCGAGCCAGCCGGUGUUUGGCGCAGUUUCAGCUUCCCGCUCGCGAAUCCGCGGCUGCGGCCUGCAGGUCAAGCCGGAGCGGCGAGGUGUAUGUACGCCGCAGCACGGGGCCCAGACGGCGCGCUUCGAUCGAAGUCAGGCGGCGGAACGAGGAGUGCGAUUCGUGGGCGAAGGGCGAACCGAGGCCAACGACGCGGACGCAGACGACUUGCAGUGGGACCGCGCAGACGAUGAAGUCCUCGAAAGCAAACCGAAACCUUCACCCAGACUCGCGGGCCCUGCGGGCCUUCUGCUCAGCCGCAUGCAGCAGGCCGAGACUGCGAAGCGUUUGAAGACAGAGGGCGCGGCUUCGCCGAACGGAGGCGUAAACUUCGGGAGUCUCACCGGGCCCAACGGGGCUGCGUCUCUCGCCAGAAGAGCGCUUUUCACUCCCACUUCAGAAGAGAUCGAGUGCCUCGACAGCGACGAGGAGGACGCAGAGCUCGAGAGGGCGCCAGACCUGAGCCGGAGCGUCGCGUGGAUAAAGGCCCUAUUCUUCGCGGCGCUGCCGCUCGACGAUUUUCAUCUGGGUAUAAUCGCAACCGCCCCGGACUCCGCUGCGGUCAGCCGAUCUUUUCUGUAUCGAGACAACAUCGCCUCCAUCCUCAGCCGCGUCGCGCCGGCAGCCUACAAGGUCGCGCAGCUUCUCGCGGCCGUCAAGGUCUCGUUCGCCCGUCCGCGAAGCGGCGACGGCACCAAGAAUGAGGAGGCUGAGGAAGCGCUGCUGCAUCUCUUGGACCCCACCGGCGUGAUGCCCGCCGUCGUCCACAGUCGGGCGAUGGCCUCCCAGCCGAACCUUGCCGCAGGCUCCGCAAUGCUUCUGCGCGACGUCACGGUCUUUCUUUCGGACUGCCGUUUGCCUUGCCUCGCGAUCACGCAGGCGAGCAUCGUGCGCAUCUUCCCGCCGGAAGACUGGACUCCUGCGCUGCAGGCGGCCUUCGUCACCGAGCGAGACAAAGAGCUGAGCGAGUCAUCGACAUCGGAGGGGUCGCUCAGCGUUUCGAUGGGGGGGGGGGCGCCCUCUGUUGGCGCACAAACUCAGGGGCGAGCGCGUGGAGGAUCUCGAGAGCGACCGCAGAGCGACAGUUUUGCGGACGCGCAGAAGACAAGUCAGGGGUCAGUGCCCAGCAGCGCCUCUCGCUGCGAUGUGAAACAUGAAGCGGAGCUCCACGCUUGCUCCAAGCCAGCACACGGGGCGACAUCACGCGAGGCAGCUACGCAGCACGUCCACAUGAGUCCAGUGGAAGUUGACGACGUGUCGUCGCUGAUUGACGACUUGGAAACGCUGGAGGACCCCGACGCUGCGGCGGCGCCCAGCGUCCAUGCUUCGCAAGGCUCACCGUGCGCAGAAAGCGCAAACACUUCGCAUGCGCAGUCCGGGGCUUCGGGGCUCCCGACAUUCGCGCUCAGUCCGAGCAACGGAGGAGGAGGCUGUUCAGAGUCCGCAGACAUGAACGGGCGGUCGAUCGUUUUUAGAGAGGGGUCAGCUCCCCGCGUAGAGAGAGCCGCGGGGGACGGCGGCUUGCCCGUCUCUAGCGUGGGCAUGCGUACCGAUGGCAACGAACUUGAGGCAGCGCUUCAACAAGCGGCGAUGCAGUCGCCUACGCGCCGGCGCAACGGCGAGUGUGAAGCAGCACGCCGUCAGCUGGGUGCUGUUGAGGCGUCUCCUGGCUUUCUAGGAAGCCAGGAGACGCACGCGGCUGGCGCGGUAGCUGCAGGGAGGGGGCAAGCGGCGAGUUGCAGCGAAAGUGGUGCCGCUAUCGAGGCCGCCGCAAAUGACCCUCUCGUCGAGUUGCUGGAUAUUCUUCUGGACGAUCCCGAGACAGGGUCGCUGUAA